AUGCACAAGCAAAUCAUGAGUUUGGUGGAUACUUUUUCCAAACUUGUCCAAAAAGCCAUCAUCGAUGCCUUCACUACAUGGGCCAGAGCGAUUGAAUGUAAUUGCAACUCGGGAGCAUGCAACAGCUUAGUUGGAGCCACAUAUUAUCCAUCGUGUAAACCCCGUCUUCAACGCUACUCUCCAUAUGGUAACCCUCCUCCACCGUCUCCACAGUAUUCACCACCCCCACCGCCUUCACAGUCUUCACCGCCACGUUCUCGCUGCCCUCCUGUUCCGACGACAGGCUGUUGCAACCAACCACCAGGUCCACCACCUUCGACGAUGUAUUCUCCUCCGUAUCCUUAUUUUUAUACUCCUCCUUAUCCUUACGGUACUAUUGGCGGAGGGGGACAAGGCGGUGGCGGCCAAGGAGGAGGAGGAGGAGGAGCCGAAGGCGGUACAACCGGUUCAGCGAUGGCUUACUAUUCCUCUUCCAUUCCCGUAUAUGUUUUGAUGCUUGUGUUAGCUAAUGCUUUUAUUGUCUUUUAGGUCAUACAUAGGUUUCAGAUAAAUAUUAAAAGCCUAU